UGUUCGCUGCUGUUCAUGACAUUACCAACCACACUGAGAAAGUUUACGUCGAAAGGAUUUGACUUCAAAUUAAAAAUGGAAUCAAGAUUGGCCGAAUAUCGGGCAAGAAAAAGGAAAUUAGAAAAUGAAGAACGUCGCAAAGAACUUGUUUGGUCUGUUGUCACAUUUGCUUCACUCCGACAGAAAUUGAUCAACUUCCUAAGACCUCAACCACCCCGAACAUCAACCAAAGCAAAUCCUCCCAACUCAAUCGGAUCGUCCACAUCCUCGUCAACGAAUUGUACCUUGGAGCAGGAAGCACUCAUUCCCGAAGCCGACUUGGACCCGUGGACUCAAAUAGAUUUUGCCAUCUUGGGCGUUGGUUUCCUUUUGUGGAUCGUUCUAUUCUACGCCUCCAUCAAGGCCGAAAUUGGCGCCGUUUACAUUCUGACAUCUGGUUUUGCGUUGAUUUGGUUGAAUUUGGGUACAAGGCGAUCGGAUCAAGCGAGUGCUUAUUCCGUGUUCAAUCCGAAUUGUGAAUCCAUCGAUGGAACACUCACUGCCGAGCAGUUUGAGCGAGAAAUCCGCCAUCGCAAUGUAUCUUCGAGAUGAAGUUCGGUCAACAUCUCGCUAUUCCAGCGAUUGUUUCGCAUUAAGUAUUUUGUGCUUGGGAUCUUCAUAACUGGAUAAAACACAUCCAUGUUUAAUAAGGGCGAAAGUGGGAGAGCAAUUCCGAUUGCCACGAACAAAUGUUGAGAGUUUCAAAAGAACCAAUUUAGAAUAAAUUGCAGACACGAUAUGGGAAAAA